GUUUAAUCGGUGCACCUAUGGUCUCGUAUAGAAUUGUUGCAAAUAAGUAAUAAGAAACUCGCGUAACACGUUCAUUCGCUAUUCGUAAGUGGGAGGCAGACACGGCGCUGCGCCGCUGUGAAACAGUACCGGUGCGCAGUGAACUGACACAUCCGUUGGACUUGCGCGUGUCGGUCAAGGCGACCUCUGGCAAAAUUACGUAAUUCUAUCAGAAAACUAAGUGAAUUCUUGGGUGUGUUCGAAAAAUACCCCUUAGCUCAUCAGUUCGCGUAGUACUUUCACAAGCUUCACUUCUCAAACUCUAUAGAAUUUUGAAAUAUUAAUCCAUUAUGAAUUAUAAACUCAAAGUUACCAUCCCAGUGGUUGUAUGCGGUGGCGCUGUUCUUGCAUAUUACCUCAUCAGGAGAAAAGCAGCAGCUAUGGUGGACGCCGCAACCCUUGAGAAAUUGGAGGCUGGUUUCAGCAAACUCCAGGCUUCAGACUCUAAGUCGCUGCUGAAGAAGUACCUUACCAGGGAGGUAUUCGAUGCUCUCAAGAACAAGAAGACCUCCUUCGGCUCAACACUCUUAGACUGCAUUCAAUCAGGUGUUGAGAACUUGGACUCUGGUGUUGGAAUCUACGCCCCUGAUGCUGAGGCGUAUGUUGUCUUCGCUGACUUGUUUGACCCUAUCAUCGAGGACUACCACAAUGGUUUCAAGAAAACCGACAAGCAUCCAGCUAAGAACUGGGGUGAUGUAGAAACUCUUGGAAAUCUGGACCCUGCUGGCGAGUUCGUAGUAUCUACACGUGUCCGCUGUGGUCGCUCUAUGGAGGGAUACCCAUUCAAUCCCUGCCUCACAGAGGCCCAGUACAAAGAAAUGGAAGACAAAGUAUCGUCCACUCUGUCUGGACUCGAGGGUGAACUUAAGGGCACAUUCUACCCCCUCACUGGCAUGUCCAAGGAGACCCAACAACAGUUGAUCGAUGACCACUUCCUCUUCAAAGAGGGAGACCGCUUCCUCCAGGCUGCCAAUGCUUGCCGUUUCUGGCCCACAGGCCGUGGCAUUUAUCAUAAUGAGAACAAAACCUUCCUGGUCUGGUGCAAUGAGGAGGACCAUCUCCGCCUCAUCUCCAUGCAGAUGGGUGGUGACUUGAAGCAGGUAUACAAGAGGCUGGUGACCGCCGUUAACGACAUCGAGAAGAGGAUUCCUUUCUCACACAAUGAUCGUCUCGGUUUCUUGACUUUCUGCCCGACCAACUUGGGUACAACCGUCCGUGCCUCAGUGCACAUCAAGUUGCCGAAGUUGGCUGCUGACAAGGCCAAGUUGGAGGAAGUCGCGUCCAAAUACCACUUGCAGGUGCGCGGCACCCGCGGCGAGCACACCGAGGCAGAAGGUGGUGUUUACGACAUUUCCAACAAGAGGCGCAUGGGUCUCACCGAGUACGAAGCCGUCAAGGAGAUGCACGAUGGCAUCGCUGAACUGAUCAAAAUUGAGAAGUCUCUGUAAGAAGUUAUCGAUCUCGCGAUAUCAGUAUUUUUUGUAUUAUUUAUCGUUUCAUGUAAGUAUUGGAUGUGAGGGGGUCGACGGGCGAGACUAGUCAGCGGCGUCGCUCACGGCGUCCGGGCGCGCAGGCGGCCCUAUAUACUGUUUUUCGUAAAAGUAUUUUCUAUAAGGAAAUGGAAAAUAAAGACAGCUAGCGUUAAGACCAAAAGAAUUCUUUUUAUUUAUUACUCCACAUUUUUUUUCUAUACCUGAAAUAGGA